GGCCGCCCGGGGGCUCCCGGGGCUCUUCCUCCAGCGCCGCCCGCGAACGCGACGCCAGGCGAGAUGAAGAUGACGGUGGAUUUCGAGGAGUGUCUCAAAGACUCGCCCCGCUUCAGGGCUGCUUUGGAAGAAGUAGAAGGAGAUGUUUCAGAGUUGGAACUGAAACUUGACAAGCUUGUGAAGCUUUGUAUUGCAAUGAUUGACACUGGCAAAGCCUUUUGUGCUGCAAAUAAGCAGUUCAUGAAUGGCAUUCGGGACCUAGCACAGUAUUCUAGCAAUGAUGCUGUAGUUGAGACAAGUUUGACCAAGUUUUCUGACAGUCUUCAAGAAAUGAUAAAUUUUCACACAAUUCUGUUUGACCAAACUCAGAGAUCAAUUAAAGCACAGCUUCAGAACUUCGUUAAAGAAGAUCUUAGAAAAUUCAAAGAUGCCAAGAAACAAUUUGAAAAAGUGAGUGAAGAAAAGGAGAAUGCACUGGUUAAAAAUGCUCAAGUGCAGAGAAACAAGCAGCACGAAGUAGAAGAAGCCACAAACAUCCUAACAGCGACGAGAAAGUGCUUCCGACACAUAGCCCUUGACUACGUGCUUCAGAUUAAUGUUCUUCAAUCAAAAAGGAGAUCAGAAAUCCUGAAAUCAAUGUUGUCCUUUAUGUAUGCCCAUUUGGCCUUCUUUCACCAAGGAUAUGAUCUGUUUAGUGAACUUGGACCCUACAUGAAAGAUCUUGGAGCACAGUUGGACCGAUUGGUUGUAGAUGCAGCAAAAGAGAAAAGAGAGAUGGAGCAAAAACAUUCCACUAUUCAACAAAAGGCUGCAUUACAGGAUUUCUCCAGUGAUGAUUCUAAGUUAGAAUAUAAUGUAGAUGCUGCCAAUGGCAUCGUCAUGGAAGGAUACCUGUUUAAGCGAGCCAGCAAUGCCUUCAAAACAUGGAACAGACGCUGGUUUUCAAUACAGAACAAUCAGCUGGUUUACCAGAAAAAGUUUAAGGAUAACCCCACUGUGGUAGUGGAAGAUCUCAGGCUCUGCACAGUGAAGCAUUGUGAAGAUAUCGAAAGACGAUUCUGUUUUGAGGUGGUCUCUCCGACAAAAAGUUGUAUGCUCCAGGCAGAUUCUGAAAAGCUGCGUCAGGCGUGGAUUAAGGCUGUUCAGACCAGUAUUGCAACUGCUUAUAGAGAGAAGGGUGAUGAAUCAGAGAAGCUGGAUAAGAAAUCAUCUCCAUCAACAGGAAGCCUAGAUUCUGGAAAUGAGUCAAAAGAAAAGCUACUGAAAGGAGAAAGUGCACUGCAGCGUGUCCAGUGUAUCCCUGGCAAUGCCAGCUGUUGUGACUGUGGCCUGGCAGACCCACGGUGGGCCAGCAUCAACUUGGGCAUCACUCUGUGCAUCGAGUGCUCAGGGAUUCAUCGGAGCCUUGGAGUUCAUUUUUCAAAAGUACGAUCUCUAACUUUAGACACUUGGGAGCCUGAACUUUUAAAGCUUAUGUGUGAAUUGGGGAAUGAUGUCAUCAAUCGUGUUUAUGAAGCUAAAGUGGAAAAAAUGGGGAUAAAGAAACCACAGCCAGGACAAAGACAGGAGAAAGAGGCGUAUAUCAGAGCAAAAUAUGUGGAGAGAAAAUAUGUGGAUACAAAUUUUAUAUCAUCGUCACCUCCUGAGCAGGAAAGAAAGAUUGUCUCAAAAGGCUGUGAAGAAAAAAGGCUGAGCAUUUCUAAAGUUGGGCCAGGUGACCAGGUCAGAGCAUCUGCCCCAAGUGCAGUGGUUGCUGUAACUAGCGACGAGGCCAGGCGGGAGUCUCUGUUCUGUCCUGAUGAGCUAGAUUCACUCUUCUCCUACUUUGAUACUUCUUCAAAACUGCGUAGUAUCAAAAGUAAUGACAGUGGAAUCCAGCAAAGCUCUGAUGAUGGCAGAGAAUCUCUACCGUCCACAGUGUCAGCCAACAGUUUAUAUGAGACAGAAGGAGAAAGGCACGAUCCUUCUGUGUUUCUUGACUCUAAGCAUCUUAAUCCAGGACUUCAGCUUUAUAGGGCUUCAUAUGAAAAAAACCUUCCCAAAAUGGCUGAAGCUUUGGCUCAUGGUGCAGAUGUGAACUGGGCUAAUUCAGAGGAAAACAAAGCAACACCACUCAUUCAGGCUGUAUUAGGGGGCUCUUUGGUGACAUGUGAGUUCCUCCUACAGAAUGGUGCUAAUGUGAACCAAAGAGAUGUCCAAGGGCGGGGACCACUGCACCAUGCCACUGUCUUAGGACAUACGGGGCAGGUAUGUUUAUUCCUAAAGCGAGGUGCCAAUCAACAUGCCACAGAUGAAGAAGGGAAAGACCCUUUGAGCAUCGCUGUGGAAGCAGCCAAUGCUGAUAUAGUGACCUUGUUACGUUUAGCGAGAAUGAAUGAAGAAAUGCGGGAAUCAGAAGGACUUUACGGACAGCCAGGUGAUGAAACUUACCAGGACAUCUUCCGUGAUUUUUCACAAAUGGCAUCUAAUAAUCCAGAGAAACUGAAUCGUUUUCAGCAAGAUUCACAGAAAUUCUGAAUUUUUUUAAGAGAGGGGAAAUUUUAAAAUAUGGUGAACUCUUAAUUUGUGUGGCCCAAAACUCACAACUUUCUACUACUUUAAUUAUAAUUAAUUUUGGUAGUCAUUGAAUUGUUUGGAAGAAAAAGGUACCCAUUUAUUGAUUGUUUUUAUAAAUGAAAAUAUAGGCCUUUCAUAGUUGGGAGAGGGAAUAAUCUAAUCUACCUUAGGAUCUUUUUUAUUUAAGAAGGAAAAAAUCUGUUUAGUGGGCUUUUUUGCUGUAGAUAACAGACGAAUAUAUAUCUAAGGUUUCCCUUUUCUUUUCUUUCUUUUUUUUUCUCGAGACAGGGUCUCACUCUGUAGCUUGGGAUGUCCUGAACUUGUUCUGUUCAAAGGCUGCCUUUGAACUAAUGGAGAUCCACCUGCCUCAGCUUCUCCUGAGUGCUGGGAUUAUAGCUUUGGUCCACCAUACCCAGUCGUCUAGGAUAUUUCUAAGUGACAAGAUACUAAAUGGUUAGAAAAAUCCUGCCUCUCUUGGCAAGUAAAUGGGCAGCAUUGCCCCUCCCCCCCCACAUGCAUCAUGCCUAGGGUCACUCAUUCAUUCACAUGUGUCUGCAUUAAGUGGAAACCAGUUAUCCUGCCUGAUUCAGGGAUAUGACAUUCUUAGCUUGGUUUUUGUUCAGAACUAGGUGUGUAUAUGAUUUUUGGUAGCCCACCUGUGGCACACACAAUAUUUGAUUUAAUUAUUAGGUCUAGCAAAGCUACUUUCUUUCAUUUUCUCAGAAAUGUCAGUACAUUCCUUAAGUGACACGUACAAUUAGGUAAUUAGCCAGUACUUUAACAAUUAAACAUAUAAUAAGUUACCCAGAUAGACCAUACUAAAGUCUUUAGAUUUAGUUCAUCUUUGCAUUCACAGAAGCUAUUAAUUCUUAUUUCUUAACCGCCAAAAGAACCCGGUUCAGACUUCAUCAUUGGGUUGAUUUCCUAAAGCUUCCACAGACCCAUCAAUUUAACAAAACCAAGUUUCAAAUGUUAUUUGAUUGUUACAAAAUUAUGCUUUCAUCAAAACAUCACUUUAAAAAGAAGAGUUUAUUUUAAUAUUUGAAAUUUGUCCUUUUAAAAAUACAUUCUUUUUGCUAUUACUCCUGGUGAAAGAAAACCGCUGUAGGGGAUAAAACUUAUUUUUCUUGUUUAUAUUAAAGUAUACGACAGUAAAUUUCUUAUUUUUUUACAUCUAUCCUGUGUACUAUACACUAAAUAUACAUGCAUUUAAGGUAUAAUCUGUAUAUAGCCUUAUAUUUUGGUAAAAUAAGUCAGAGACCCUUGUGUCCCAAAAUUAUGAAUAUACUUUACCAUUUAUAUGCUAUAAAAAUGGAUUUGAUUCCACCUUUGAUUGACAUGUCAAGAGAAUAAUUAAUUUGCCUUCUUGUUCCUUUCCAGUAUUGUUAGCAAUUAAGGUUAAUCCUUUUUUUCACAAAAGAAAGCAUAUGUAAGUGAAACCUGAUACUCAGCAAAGGUUAUAAAACUUAUAAAAGAGAAAUUAUAAUUAAUUAGAUAUUUAAUUUUCUAACACUUUCUCCACAGUAAGUAGAGUCUGUCUUUGAUUAAAUAUCAGAUCAUAACUAAGCAGGAAUUAUAUUUAAAUAAAUUCACAUCUCAGAUAAACCUCCAUAAUUUGGUUAAGCUGCAAUCAUGUAAUGUUUAUGUACUAAUAGUUACCACAUCAGAUAAGGAUAAAAUAUAUUUAUGAAUUAUUUCUGAGGAAAUGCUAACUUCCAAAGCAUUAUAUUAUCAUUCACCAAAAAAAGAACAUUAAAUCCUUCCUAUUUCACCCCAGAGUCAUAGAUCAUCUGGCUUUAUAGGUAUUUUGUUAAAGGCAUAAGUCUAAGUUGUAACAUUUUAUUAGAGUAUACUUUUAAAAUUUCUUGUUCUGAAAGCUCAAAGAAGAAUAGGUUCAAGAAAGGAAGAGUAAGAAGAGAAAGCCUCACUUAUAUGCAGUGCCCAUUCUUGCUUUACUUGUAGACUCUACUCCUAAAAGCUCCUGACCUUUUAUCCAAAGGUGCGAGGGCCAGCUUCCCUGUGGAUUGGCCACUGAUGCUUGAGGUCAUCAUCUCUGGGGUCUCUGAUGGCAAGGGCCAUGCCUCAGGAUGCUCACCUUCUGCGGCCUGGGUCAUAAGUUGUAAUGUGGCAGUCAUUUAGCAUCUACUUACUUAUACUUAAUGGUUGGAGGUAUAUCUGAAAUACCCUAAAGAUUAUUAUGGUUCAGAACAGCUUUAGAAAAAGUUGUAUCUUUAAUAUUGCAUGGGGGCUGGCAAUUCAAGAGUAAAUUUCUGACACUUAAUUUCUCCAUUGUGCUAAGAUUCCAUCUGGACAAAUUUUGCAGAAAUUGAGUACACAGCAAGUUCUUAAAUUAAUAGUUCUGAGGUAGGCUGGUUCUUGGGUGAAGUUUGCUGUGUUAACUGAUAUCUUUUAUAUUGUUUCAUUACAUUGUGAAGUAUUCAGUGCAUUAUGAGAAAUUAUAAACAUACUCCAGGGCUUAGUCCAUGGGGUUGUUCUGUUUUCUCUCCACCACUGAUCUACAGACACUAGUUUUUGGCUCUUUAUAAGCAGUUCAGUAGAUGACUUUCAUUGGCUCAUUAACACAAAACUUCUAAUUAAUAUCAAAAUGAGAAUAGCAGUAUUAACUGCAAAGAGUUAAAAAAUAGUUUCAUUUUGAAAUUUUACUGAGGUAACUGAGUGGUUAUUUGCAAUGCUUCAUUGCAACACCUGUUUAAGAUUUUUUUAAGGUUUCAAAAAUUAUUUGUAGCACACUCUUUGGAAAUUCACAAUUUCCCAGGGACUUAUUUUACUGCAUUGUACCUAGGUUAUACUCGUCUUGAGUGUAAUUUAAUGAAUUUUGAUGUUUACUUUCCCAAAUAUUUAUAUUUGGGUUGCAGCUUGUGCUUUAGUCCUUCACAAGUACAUUUUGGAAACAAAUUAGACCUUUAUAGUUAGGAGGAUUUAGGAUAAUGUUAGCAAUUCAUGCAUGGUAUGUAUGACUAUAAGGCAAAUUGUGUUUUUAAGACGAAAUUUGCUAUUCAUAUGGAACAGUUGGGCAUUCCCAGAUCACUCAUCUUCUCAAAUGAACUCUUGUAUGUGAUUGCACUUUGGACCAAGGAUUUGGGAUUGGCAAAAUGAUAUACUUUUAUAGAAUUAUAUGUCCAGAAUGACUAUACUUGUUACUCUUUUUAGAUUUAGGGCUCCUCAUGAAGAAAAUGAGUGAAUGAGACAAAGUAAAAAUAUGUAAAAUCAUCACUUUGUAUAUGUUUCACUUGCAAUGUACUCUUGACAGUUUUUCUCACCUGAUUUCUCAAUGUCGUAUUUGUGAGAUCUUAAUCUAUGAAUUUACCUGCUCCUUGAUCCUGGCUUGCUCCUCUUGUUUUACAGAGGUGGUCACUUGGUUUGCCAAUUGUAGGGAGAGCUGACACAUACCCAAGGUCUGAUAAUGAGUGAAAGGCACUUUACUUGUAUCAUGGGAUGAUUUGAAAUCACUGUAAAGUAGCAGCUUUCCUUGUGUUUGAGCAGAGCCUCCAGAUCUUCCAGAGAGCCUUGAUGCGAGGCUUGAAGAUUGGUCUUUGAAAACAUCCACUUGAAAGCAAAACAUUACAGAGUUAAUUUAAAUUUACCAUGUAUCAAUUCCUUGAUACUUUCAAAUGAAAAAUAACUAGAAGGGGCUCAGAUUCAGUUUGACUGAAUCCUGACACCUAGCUAUAAAUGGUUUUAUUAAUAUCUUUCUGUUUACAUAAGCUAAAUGGCAUCAUGUGGAACAAAGCAAGAUUUGAUCAGAUAGAAUUUUGUCUGCAUUGGUCCUUUUACUAUCUUCUUCCAAGAUUUUCUCCAUCCCUGUUUUGUGUAUUAAUGUUAAACAGGGAAAGUGUGCUACAUUAUAAAAAUUGUUGGCAUCAUUUAUUUUACACAAAAGCUAAAGGUUAACUUUUCAAAACAAUGAGCUAAUUUUUCUAUAUAUGUUUACCUGUGGUUUGUGAUAUUUCUGGAUCAUUCCAGUCAUGAAGACUUAUUACUUGUAAUAUUUCUUUUACCUACGAAAAGGUGUAUUUUAAAGAAUGUAUAACCAAUACUCCACUUGGUUUUUAUUCAUAUGUAGAGGAUUUGUGUCUAAUUCAUGAAUGUAGUUUUCCUGUAGUUUGUCAUUGUGAAUGGAGGAAAGUACAUUAUAGUUAUUCUAAAAUGUAUAUUAUGUAAGAAUUGUAAAUAUCCUUCAUUACUUUGUAUGCUGAAAAUUUACAAUAAUAAGUCAAUAAAAAAUUUCACUUCUG